CUCCUAAUAACCCGAAAGCUUCUGUCAAAUUCUCCGCCCACAACCAUUCACCACCGCCAUCACACACACACACACACACACACACACACACACUCAUUUCUGUAUCUACACAUCUCUUUUUUCUCUAUUUAAAUACCCCUCCAAAGCCUAGCCUUAGCUGCCCAUUUUCCGUCUACCUCUCUCUCAAAAUUCCAAAAAAGAAAAAAAAUAUUAUGGUUCUUAUGUUUUGAGAUCCAAGAAGGAAAAGUCUCAGAUCUUUAAGUUGAGGGAGUCAGUUUAAGCUAAUAUUCUUUAACAAUCUUAUCUGAUUCUCUCAGUGUUUUUUCUUCCUCUUUUUUAUUGAACAUGUGGAGGUUCAAACAUUUUACUCAAAAAGAACCAGCAGGCCUUGAAGGUCGCUAUGUUGAUGUUGGCAAUCUUAAGAUUCAUGUUCGAAAUGCCAUUGCGGAGGGAGGAUUUUCCUGUGUAUAUUUAGCUCGAGAUGCUGUGCAUGCAUCAAAGCAAUACGCUUUAAAGCACAUGAUAUACAAUGAUGAAGAAUUGUCAGACUUGGUGAUGAAGGAGAUCAAUGUGAUGAAGGCGCUCAAAGGGCAUCCUAAUGUUGUUACACUUUAUGCACAUACCAUCUUAGAUAUGGGAAGAACAAAGGAAGCACUCCUUGUAAUGGAAUUUUGUGAAAAAUCUCUGGUUAAUGUGCUGGAGAGCAGGGGAGCAGCAUAUUUUGAGGAGAAACAAGUCCUUUCCAUAUUUAGAGAUGUCUGCAAUGCUGUUUUUGCUAUGCACUCUCAAUCUCUGCCAAUUGCUCACCGAGAUUUGAAAGCUGAGAAUCUUUUGCUGGGGCCUGAUGGAUUGUGGAAAUUAUGUGAUUUUGGGAGCACCUCUACAAAUCAUAAACGCUUUGAGAAGCCUGAAGAAAUGGGUAUUGAAGAGGACAACAUUCGGAAGCACACAACACCUGCCUAUAGAGCCCCUGAGAUGUGGGAUCUGUUGCGAAGAGAUCUUAUAAAUGAGAAGGUAGACAUAUGGGCUCUUGGAUGUCUGCUCUAUCGCAUAUGCUACUUCAAGAGUGCAUUUGACGGAGAAUCAAAGCUGCAAAUAUUAAAUGGGAACUAUCGCAUUCCAGAUUUACCCAAAUACAGCUCGCCAGUGACAGAUUUGAUCAGAGACAUGCUUCAAGCAUCACCAGAUGACCGACCAGACAUCACGCAGGUAUGGUUUCGUGUUAAUGAGCAGCUACCAGUUAAUUUGCAGAAGUCAUUGCCUGAUGGACCACCUGAAAUGCAAUCUGCUGGUAUACAUGGAGGUAUUGCAAAAGCUGCAAAUAGGUCGCCUCCAAUUCCUCAAAGAAGUCCACCACCUCCUCCUUCAUCUGGGGGUGGGGGAGGUGGGGGACAGCUUGGUGCUUUCUGGUCAACGCAUCACGCAAAGGAUUCACUGUUUGUCGAAGACAAGAGCAGACCUAAAUUUGAUGAAGAACCUAGCCAUAACACAUCACAACAAGAUAGGAAUCAGUCAGAGAAUCGCAGUUUUCCCAAAAACGCUAGCCCUGCAAAGCAGGAAAAUGUACAUAACAUUGUGGCUGGUAGGAGGAAUGUGCAUAAUAAAUCACAUGUGCCUGAGGAUGGUGCUUCCAAGGACUUUGAAUUAACUUUCUCUCAGAAAGAUAUGGAUCAUGGCAUGGAGAGGCCAAAAGCAUCAAAACCGGCUGCUACUCAUUUAUUUCAAGAUGAGGCUUUUAGUACUUUUGUUGCUGAAUUUGAUAGCAAUAAGCUCAACUCAAGAGUUAGUAAUGACAAAGAAGGAAAGGAAGAAGCACUAGAGGCUGAAAUAGAGAGGCUUAAAGAGCAGCUGAAGCAGGUAAACUCUGAGAAGGCCGAAAUAACUUCGAAAUUUGAAAAGCUAUCUGCCAUUUGUCGAUCUCAGAGACAGGAGAUACAGGAGCUCAAGCAAACACUAGCCGCAAGAACUCCUUCGCCGAAUAAAUAUCAAGCCUCAUCUAGAAUUCAACCAUCUGCAAGUCCUCCGCAAGAAAAAUCUGACUGGAGUACCCCAAGCCCAGAGUCAAAGUCAUGGCAAGCAUUUGCAGAUGAUAACAAGUCACAGCAGAAGCCUGUUUCAAAAGGCAACAGUCCACAGUCUGUUAGAACCAGAAACGCACACCAGAAUAAGCAGGCUGCUGAAUUAGCAUCUAAUAUUGAUUCGUGGGGUUUUGGAUCGGAGAGUUUUACAGCUGUACCUACUGCCAGCUCUCAAAUUUCAGGGUCUAAUACUGAAGCGCACUCAGGUGGGUCAAAGAUUAUGGAGAGCAAGCCAGCUACUCAACCUGCUGGAUGGGCUGGUUUCUAGCUCAAGUCAUUUGUGAAGCUAUAUAAGAAGGUAUACUUACAUUAGAAUCAUCAUGUUUUUCCUAAGAUAAAUACAGGGAAAAGUGAGAAAUAUAUGGCUUUCUGGGCUUGUUUGUUGUAUUGAGUGCUUCUGUUUGUAGAUUCACAUUUUUCUAUAAAGCAUUUGAACAUGUUCUCUGGAUUAGAGGCAAACUACAAAUAUAUACUUUUCUGCA